AGACAGACGCUGGAAUGAGUCUUUGGCCAGCAUCUCCUCCCCUCACUUGUGAUGGACAAUGUUGCCACAGAAUGAGAUGAAGUGCAGCAAAAUAUUUAAUCCCUGAACAAGCAGUCUGUCCGCAUCAGGUGUUCAACAGGACUUCCAAACCGUCUGACCUUCUCAUGGCAAUGAAGAGCUGGACCACGGGUACGCAAUGUGUUGCCAAGGGAGACCACAGCAAGCCCAAACCUGGAGAGCUGUUGUACCACAAAGGAGACAUACUCACUAUUGUUGCCAUGACCACGAGUAAGAGAUGCUACAAAGCCAGACACAAUUCCACAGGAGAUGAAGGGAUCAUAAAUGGGGCCGAUAUACGUGAAAGAGAAGCUCUACGCAUGGAUGCAAGCCUGAGCCUCAUGCCAUGGUUUCACGGGAAGAUCUCAGGCCCAGAGGCUGUCCGCAAGCUGCAACCGGCCCAGGACGGCUUGUUCCUGGUGCGAGAGUCGAUCAGACACCCUGGUGACUACGUGCUGUGUGUCAGCGUCUGUGGGGAAGUCAUCCACUACCGAUUGAUGUAUCAGGACAACAAGCUGACCAUUGACAACAAGCAGCAUUUCUACAACCUCAUUGACAUGAUAGAGUUCUACUCGCAGAACAAGGGUGCCAUUGCUCAAACUCUACUGAAGCCAAAACCAAAACAUGGAGUUAAGUCAGCUGAGAUGGAACUGACAAAAGGUGGAUGGCUGCUGGACAUCACCACACUGACAUUUGGACACAUUAUUGGAGAGGGGGAGUUUGGUGCUGUGUUCGAAGGCGAAUAUUUGGGCCAGCGGGUGGCAGUAAAGACCAUUAAGUGUGAUGUCACAGCUCAGGCCUUCCUGCAGGAGACCACAGUGAUGACGAAGCUACAACAUAAAAACCUGGUGCGCUUGCUGGGUGUCAUCCUGCAUAAAGGCCUUCUUAUUGUCACAGAGCUCAUGACUAAGGGAAAUCUGUCAAACCUCCUCAGGACAAGAGGCCGUUCACUUGUCAGCUCCGUGCAGCUUCUUCGUUUUGCACUCGACGUGUGUGAGGGAAUGGACUACCUGGAAUCCAAGAAACUGGUUCACAGAGACCUGGCGGCUCGCAACAUCUUGGUGUCUGACAAUGAUGUGGCCAAGGUCAGCGACUUCGGCUUGACUAGGACGACCUCCAGGGUGUGGGAUAACCAACGUGCCAAACUGCCUGUUCGCUGGAGUGCCCCUGAAGCUCUGAGGAAAGAGAAAUACUCCACAAAGUCAGAUGUUUGGAGUUAUGGUGUUCUUCUAUGGGAAAUCUUCUCCUAUGGUCGUCAACCAUACCCAAAGAUGUCUCUAAAGGAGGUGAUAGAGCGAGUGGAGGGUGGCUAUCGCAUGGAGGCACCAGGGGACUGUAUCCCCGCUGUGUACACCCUCAUGACAGUCUGCUGGGCCAAGGAGCCUCGCAGAAGGCCCGCUUUCCACAAACUGAGGGAGAAACUUGCACAAGAGAUGCCUAAACACAGCCCUGGUUUUGAGUCGGAACAACAAGAUGGAGUCGGGCGUGGAUCUGGAUGUGGCGGUCUGACAAUGUUUUGAAUUGCAUCUCUUGGACAGUCACGGAUUUUCUUCCACGUCAGACCUGUUAUUGAACAUUAUGGCUGACAAAUCAUUCAGGCUGGUCAGUUCAUUAGGUUCACCUGUACAAAUGAGAACCACAUCUGACAUCACGUAGGGUUAUUUAUUGUUUCUCUUCUCUCUCCACAUCAGAGGAGGUCUACUCAGCCUUACCUUGUUGAAUGUUACUAGUGGUUUGCAACUUGUUUGAAACCCUUUUACCUUUCACCUAUGCGUCACAUUUUUGGGGAUUUCUUCAUGGUCUUCCAGAUUUUUGUCAUUUUAAGAGUGACAGCUGAGUCACAGCUAAGCCUUUUGCUAUCCCUCUAUAGAUGAAUGCUGACGGAUGUUGAUUGAUGCAGGAGCUUGCAUUAAACGUAUCCGAGCAUCGGACGCUGAUGGGCAGCCAUGUCAUUUUUGGUCGUAAUCUUUCUCACAUUUUUGCGACCUAUUGUUCCACGUUUCAUCAUUCCUGUACCAUUACCCACUGUACCUGUUUCCGAUGGAUCUGCAUUUUCCCUCACUGAUUCGUUGAGCGGUGUAGCCAAAAACUGCAUCUCUCUCUCUCUCUCUCUCUCUCUCUCUCUCUCUCUGUUGCUCUCUUUGUCACUCUCUCUGCCUCUCUGUCUCGCUCCUUUUCUACUUUCUAACCCAAUUGGGCGAGGCAGACGGCCACACCACACUUAGGUCUGCUCAAGGUUUCUUCCCAAGAGGUAUCUUGUUCCUUGCCUCCGUUGCCUAGUGCUUGCUGAUGUGGGGCUCAGUUGGUCUUUUAAUGAGUGAGGAGUGUGGUCUUAGACCUGCUCCAUGUGUAAAGUGCCCUGAGACAAUGUUUGUUGUGAUUUGGCUGUGGCGCUAUAUAAAUAUUGAAUUGAAUCUUCCUAUCCUUCUUUCUAGCUAUCUUCCUGGUGUCUUCCAAUCCAUCUUUCUUUGUACCUUCCCAUCAAUUAUCCUAUCUUUCUAGCUAGUGGUCUUUCUGCAUUUCUAUCUUUCUUUCUGUCUAUCUAGCUAUCUUUUUCCCCCAGAUAUCUUUCUUUCAUUCUUGCAUAAUGCCAAAAGAUUAAUAUGUCAAAUUAUUGAAAGAAAAAAAAGGGCAUCAAACUGGUGUAAUUUAUUAAACUAUAGAAAUUUAACAGUGUGAAGAUAGGCAGAUAGUAGGUUAUCAAAACUGAUAACCUACUAUCUGUCUAUCUGUCGUUAUGUCUAUGAGACUUGGUUUAAGUGCAUAUGCCCCCCAGGCUGCUUUGUAUCAGAAAUGUAAUGAAAUGUUAUUUUGCUGCUGGCCUAGAAGCAAUUUCACUUGAGGAGUCAGCAGAAAAUGAAGUCCCUUUUUCUAGAUUGUUGCCACAUUGGAUGAGCGCGUUGGGGAGAUUUAAGUCGGUGUAAGCUCAGUAUUUGUCUCUGUCCCACGAGACACAAAACCAAAUUGAGGGUUGAUCCGUAUCACCCAAUGAACCAGCGUCGUGGAGCAUUGCUUCAAUCUGCCCAGUGUUUUUUUUUUGUUUUUUUUUUUCUUCCCCCUCAAGACCCAUAAUGGGAUGAGCUGCAAUGUUCUACACAAGGAUUUACCACAAAACCAAAUGUAAAAAAAUGAUGAUGAUGAUGAUGAUAAUAAUAAAAGAUUUGAUGGGGUUGCGUGAAGGAUUUACAUUUGCUUGCUGUGUACUGGGGUGUGUUUUUGCCUCACAGGACACACUGGGGCUUUUAUCCCACUGGCCAUAUGCUAAUGUGGGCAUCUAAUACCUUCUAAGGUGGGCUUUCUGCUUUACUUUGACAGACAUCAAGCUGUCUAAUGACCAUUAAUUGACAGAGAGCAAUGGAAACCUUUCACUAGUACUUAAUAUCCUUCACAGUCUAUCUCUACAAUAUCGCUUUACUGUGUCUUUAUCGCUAGCUAUAUCAUUCUAUCAGUCUCUUACUGUACAUUUAAAGCAUUUAUUUACUCUUGUAAUUUGCUAGUUUUCAAGUACAUUAAUCAUUCAUUAUUAUGAGACUUGGUCCUAUUUAUUCCAUUUCACAUUUUCAAAUCAACAUAAGCACUUAUUUGAAUUAUUUAUUCUCCACUGACUGGAUAUAGGUGUCUUUUAAUUGUUGCAUUCAUGGAGACAUUUAGAUCAUUAGAGUGGAGCAGUUGCAUAGAUUACCUGUCAACUAACCAAAAUCCGGCUAAGAACUGUAUGUUUAGCCCACAAUGCGGUUUAGUGCCAAAUAGGCCAUGCUCAGACUUGAGACUCAUGACCUCCAUGCUGCUGAACUCAUUUGGGGACUAGCUCAAUUUCUAUUCAAAUUGCUUGCUA